UUUGCUGCCUGAUUGAACUGAAUCAGACAGAAUGAAAGAACCGGACCGGCCCUGGGACCAGGCCACCUUUAGGCGUAGGAAACCAUGGAAUGAGGUUGAACCAGGUGAUCCGGUCCUGUGCUGAUGCAUCAUUCUGUCAUUCGUUCUCGUAAACAGGUUUUCUGUUGUAGUCGGACCGAGAACUCCAGUCUGUGUCGAGCUUCCUUCAGUGAAACCUCGUCUGAACAGAACAGCUCGGAUUUGAUUGUAAUUCUGCUUUGCUCUGCGGUGAAGAAUGGCUCAGCGAGAACUUUCCCUGGAUGAAGACUUGCUAAGCUGUGCCAUCUGUCUGGAUCUACUGAAAGAUCCGGUGACGAUUCCCUGUGGACACAACUACUGCGCAGGCUGUAUUACAAACCACUGGAAGGAGCAUGAAGUGAAAAGGUCCUACAGCUGUCCUCAGUGCAGGGAUGUCUUCACACAAAGACCCGCCAUGAGAAAGAACACCAUGUUAGCCGAGCUAGUGCAAGAAAUGAAGAAGAGCGGACCCAAAGUUGCUCCUGAUCUUCACCUCUAUGGGGGACCCGCAGAUGUGGACUGUGAUUUCUGUACCGGGAACAAGCUGAAGGCUACCAAGUCCUGCUUGCAAUGUUUGGCCUCCUAUUGUGACCUUCACCUCCAGCCUCACUACAACUCCCCAGUUUUUAAGACCCACAAGCUGAUCACAGCUUCUGCAGACAUCCAGGAGAACAUCUGCUCCCUUCACAAUAAAAUGAAGGAGGUUUUCUGUCGCAGUGACCAGCUGACUAUCUGCUACCUGUGUUCUGUGGAUGAACAUAAAGGACAUGACACCGUCUCAGUGGCGGCGGAGAGGACCGAGAGGCAGCAGGAGCUCGAUUCAAGGCGGGAAAACAUCCAGAAAAGAAUCAAAGACAGAGAGGAAAACUUGAAGCAACUUGAGAAGGAGGGGGAAGCCAUCAACUGUUCCGCUGAUAAAGUAGUGAAGGAUGUCCAGACCAUGUUCAACCAGCUGCUGCAGCUCUUGCAGAAAAGAAGCAAUGACGUGCAGCAGCAGAUCAGGUUGCAGCAGGAAAGGAAUAUCCGCUGGGUAAGAGAGCUUCAGCAGAGAAUGCAGCAGGAGAUCUCAGAGCUGACCAGGAGAGACAAUGAGCUGAAGAAGCUGUCGCUCAGUGAAGAUCACGCCCAGUUUCUACGCAGGUACCUUUCACUGGCAUCACCCAGUUCAUCAACAAACCCAGACAUCAGGAUCCAUUCUCUUAAACCCUUCCAUGAGAUGAUGGAGGCUGUCACAGAGCUCAUUCAGAAACUGCAGGACACCCUGAUUCAUGGCUGGACCAGGAUCCCCAUGACUAAAACAGAUCCAUCACUGACGCCACCACAUCAGCAUUUAGCAUCACCACAGGGUACACUCUCCAAGGAAGGUUCAAUGGAGCUUCCCCCUACAAUUGCCCUAAAACAAGGGAAGUCCAAUGUUUCAGCACCAGCAGUUUCCCCAAAACUAGCCAAGUCAAAGACCGUGGCAAUGGCAUCAUCACGCCUAAAAUCAUCCGAAUCCCAGGUACUGCCACCUCAGCCAUACUCUAAAUAUUCCAAUAUUGAGCCAAAGGCACCGAUCUACAGACCUUCAAGUGAGUCCAAGACUUUGAAACCAACACCAGAUGGGUCAACAGUUUUAUCUUCGCCAGUUUAUUCAAAAUCAGAAGAGUCAAAUAUUGGUCCAGAGCCGCCAUCUUACAUGUCCUUGAUUGAGACUUUUAAAGCAGAAUCCAACCCAGAACUGAAAAAGCCUAUGACUCGUUCCACAAGAUAUUCCCUUCAAAAUACAUCAGAAGUCUCUCCUUCAGCUUGUCCUUCACCAAAGUUAGCCAAAAAUCCACCGCCAGACCAGACAAAAGACAAGAAGUCAUUCCCAUCACCUGGCCAGUUAAAGAGUGUACCGCUCCCAGCACAGAGUCCUCCAUCGGGGGACCCCGGGACAAGAUCAGCAUUCUUACCAUACACAUGUCAGAUCACCUUGGAUCCAAACACGGUGAAUAAGAUGUUGGUGCUUUCCAUGGAGAACAGGAAAGUGACACAGGUGAAGAAAAAGCAGUGGUACACUAACCGUUCAGAGAGAUUUAAAGACCGGUUUCAGGUUCUGAGCAAAGAAGGCCUGACAGGCCGCUGUUACUGGGAGGUGGAGUGGACUGGGAUGGUUUCCGUGGCCGUCGCAUACAAAGACGUCCCCAGAACUGGAGUAACCAGUGGGUUUGGAGAUAACAAUAUGUCCUGGGCCCUAUAUUGCCACAAUAAUAAAUUCAUACAUGAUGGUAAAGAAAUUGUACUAUCAGGGCCCCAGUUUCCGAGGAUAGGAGUGUAUCUGGAUUAUCAUGCAGGGGUUCUUUCCUUCUACAGCAUCUCUACAAACAUGGUCCUCCUGCACCGAGCCCAGGUGACAUUCACUCAGCCUUUGCAUGUUGGAAUCAGUGUCAGUUCAGGAGCUGCUGAGUUACUUCAGAUUUCAUGAACCUGAUACUUUCGGCAAUCACUUCUUUCCUUCAGGACCUGUCACAUUUUUACAAGUGUACUGAAAUACAAUUUGCUUCUAAAGCCUGUUUCAGACAUGCUUUUCAUUGAGUUUUCCAGGUGAACACCUCGGUAAGGUAGACCUGCCAUGCUGGAAUAUGUAGAGGAUGGAGGUGUUGGGUUUAUGAUCACCACCGCUGCCUUAUAUCUUUUCUUUGGAUACAUAAAACGUCUUGUACAGCUUUUAUAG